UGUAUUCAUGUAUUUAUGGAAGAUCAAGUCAGCUGCCUUGUUAACACAUCACUUUGUUUACCAUUUAUUACAACCAAAUGUCACCAGUGUGCAGGCCCGAUCCAGAUCUGCGAACAGAUUCAUUUCUCUAAACCAUGCCUUUACCCUAACAACUACUGUAUCAACCACAUCACCAACCAUUUGGACGGUACCAAAACCGUCAAUAGGACGUGCGGUAACUUUGACACGUGCUAUCGUAAAUGGCACCUCGGAUCAUCUGAUGAGGACAAAUGUGACGUGAUAAAAACAACCAACACGUGGACUUCCAGUGUACCUUCUGCUGUACCAAAAACGACUGCAAUGUACCUCUCAGACCUGCUGAGGACAGCCUGUACAAGCCCAGAAUGAUUGGCUAAGAGCCUCAAAAGUUCAACUGAAAUAAACUCCAUUGGUUGCAAAA